AUGGCUGACGCGUCGGGAAAUGCGCUGAAGCGCCCUCAUCCAGAUGAUCAAGACCUCUCCCAAAAACGGACCCGUUCCAACAAUGGGUCCCCAGCACCAGGCCAAGGAGGCUCUGCCCCGGGCCAAACAGAUAUCAACAAAAUGAUUGCCGAAGCUAAGGCCAAGGCAGAUGCUGUGCGCGCUCGCCUGCAAGCUGCCCGUGGUGGCGCGACAGCAACACCAACACCACCCGCGACCGAACCCGCGAGCCCUGCUCCGCCAGCGCCCUCCCCCGCCAUGUCAAAACUUGAACAGAUGAAGGCUCGAGUAGCAGCAGCUACUCAGCGAGCUAGCGCCCCAUCUCAAUCCCGACCUGCUGCGCCGGCACCAUCCCACCAACCCCCCACCCGCGACGACGAGGGCAUGAGCCGAGCUCGUGGUGGUCUAGAUGUCGGCCUUCAUCCUGCACUUCUUGCUGAUACCACGUCCGACUUCCGCAGCGGGAAGGGAAAGCAGCCCAAGCCCAAACGUGCGGGUGGACCCCAGCUUGAUCUGUCUGGCCCGUCUGUGGAGGAGAUCAAGAACAACCCGUAUUUUGACCCAAAUCUCAAUCCUAAAGCUACUGUCGCAAAGCCACGGCAGUCUCGCCAUCUUGAAUUCAACCCACAUGGAAAAUAUAUUCAGCAGGGUGCGGCUAAGCGCAGACAGGACCAGUUGGAGGCUAUGAAGAAGAGAAUCGCCGAGAAAGCACGACAGGCCGGUCUUGAUGAAGAGAUGGAUGUUGAGAAAUCAUUCCUUGUCCCUGCUCCACCGGCUAUAGAAUGGUGGGAUGAAGCUCUUAUCAAUGGCAGUGACUAUUCUGCCAUCGAUAACCAACAAAAUAUCAAAAUCGACAUCCCCGACUCCCCAAUCACCGCCUACAUCCAACACCCCAUUCAACUAGAACCUCCACAGGAGAAGCAUGUGCCUGCCCAGAAAGCCAUGUAUCUGACUCCAAAGGAGCAGGCCAAGAUUCGCCGCCAGCGACGUGCAGCAGAUCUCAAGGAAGAGCAGGCCAAGAUCAGGCUGGGUCUUGUCGAGGCACCUGCCCCCAAGGUGAAGAAGCGUAAUCUUAUGCGUGUUCUUGGAAAUGAAGCCGUGAAGGAUCCCACGGCUGUAGAAGCACGUGUCACCAAAGAGAUUGCAGAUCGCAAGGAGACGCACGAGCGGGCAAACGAAGAGCGCAAGCUGACCAAGGAGGAAAGGCGUGAGAAGUUAGAAGCUCAGCAAGAGAAAGAUGCUUCUUUGGGCAUAUUCCAAUCUGUGUAUCGCAUUGACAGCUUGGCAAGCGGCCGGAACCGUUUCAAGAUCGGCAAGAACGCAGAGCAGAAUAAGUUGACAGGUAUCUGCGUCAUGCAUCCAAAGCUCAAUCUCGUGGUCGUUGAAGGCGGCAAGCACUCUAUCAACAAUUACCGGAAGCUGAUGGUGAACCGCAUUGAUUGGACUGAAAACCCUGGAUCCGAUCGAGUUUCUGCUGAUAGCCCCGAGGCCAAGGUUACGUGGCUGUCCACACAAGACGAAAAGGGAGAACCGCGCGACUUCAGUCAGAACACGUGCACUCUCAUCUGGGAAGGUCAAGCCAAAGGCCGAGCAUUCAGAAGAUGGUUCGGUGCCCGUGUCUGUGAAACUGACUCGGCAGCCAAAGAGGCUCUGUCCAAGGCCAAGAUGGAGAACUUUUGGACUUUGGCGAAGAGUGCAAAGCCAGCUGAAUUCUGA